CCACAUAGCUUUAUUCUCCAAGAACUUAAGCCCCCCUCUCCCCCUCCCCCUCCUCCGUCCAUUCCAGCACCUCUUGCUUCUCAAUCCUCCUCCCCUGCUCCCCGCAAACAUCGUGAUCGCCGCCGUUGUUCUUGCCACCUGAAAGUUCCCCGCUGUUAUUCCUCGGCGGCUGUCAGCGCGGUGCGUCGUGUAUAUAUAUGCCGGGUUGGAACGCCGGUGGUUCCUCAGUAGAUGGCCUACCCCUCGAGGGCUGCUUAUAAUCAGUGUGGCCACGAAAGAAGAUCCAGCUUCAUGAAGUGGCUCUGCAAUUUCCUCAAGGGGACGAAGCCCGUGGAGUCAAACCACCGGCGGCGGCCUCGGGUGACCGCGGGAGAAGAGAGCUCGCUCUGGCAACAAGAACCAGUCAGGCCAAAGAGGGAGGAUCCACCUAGACAUGACAAUGAAGAAUUGGACCGUCAGAUUGCACUCUCUCUUGCAGAGGAAGCCAAACGUCCUAAAGAGCGAAACCAUAACAAGGGAGAGAACGAUGAAGACCUCGCCCAGGCCAUGCAGGACAGUCUGAACAUGAAUCCUUACAUGCCACACAAUCCAUAUGCCCCCUCCCAGGCCUUGCCUAGAGGGCAAAGGGUCUGUGGUGGCUGCAAGCAUGAGGUAGGACAUGGCCAUUACUUGAGCUGCAUGGGAAUGUACUGGCAUCCUCACUGCUUCCGUUGCUCUUCCUGCACUCACCCUAUCCGCGAGACCGAGUUCACCUUGCUAGGCGCAGAGCCAUACCACAAGUUGUGCUACAAGGAGCUACACCACCCGAAAUGUGAUGUCUGCCUUCAAUUUAUCGCAACGAACAGGACGGGCUUGAUAGAGUACAGAGCCCAUCCAUUCUGGGGCCAGAAGUAUUGCCCCUCACAUGAGCUUGACCGCACACCUCGUUGCUGUAGCUGUGAGAAAAUGGAGCCAAGGAACACGAAGUAUAUGUCGCUGGGAGACGGGCGCAGUUUGUGCAUGGAAUGCCUGGAUUCUGCGGUCAUGGACACGGGUGAAUGCCAACCCCUGUACCACUCCAUCAGGGACUACUACGAAGGGAUGAACAUGAAACUCGACCAGCAGAUACCCAUGCUCCUGGUUGAGCGGCAAGCCCUCAACGAGGCAAUGGAAGGAGAGUGCAAAGGACCUCACCACAUGCCUGAAACAAGAGGCCUGUGUCUGUCGGAGGAGCAGACUGUGAGCAGUAUACUUAGAAGGCCCAGGAUUGGUGGACAUAGGUUACUAGAUAUGAGAACCCAGCCACAAAAGCUGACUCGCCGAUGUGAAGUCACUGCAAUUCUUGUCUUGUAUGGACUCCCCAGGCUACUAACUGGAUCCAUCCUUGCCCAUGAAUUGAUGCACGGGUGGUUGCGCCUCAAAGAUUACCGAAACCUAAGCCCAGAGGUUGAGGAGGGUAUAUGCCAAGUCAUGUCUUACUUGUGGCUCGAGUCGGAGAUUCUUCCAGCUUCUACAAGACACGCUCAACCUUCAACCUCUUAUGCUUCAUCCUCGUCGUCUUCCUCGUAUCGACCACCAUCAUCCAAGAAGGGUGGCAUAUCUCACACCGAGAAGAAGCUCGGUGAGUUCUUCAUGCAUCAGAUUGCCAAUGACACCUCAACAGCAUAUGGUGACGGAUUCAGAACUGCCUAUAAAGCUGUCAACAAGUAUGGCCUUCGCCAGACACUGAACCAUAUACGUUUAACUGGAGGUUUUCCUGUGUAACACAAGGAAACACCAUGUCCAUAUCGGAGAAAUGCAGAGAUCAUGUGCACAUACAUAAGGAGAUGAAUGUGCUACAGAAGAAGGGUUCGGAUUUCAGUGACCUUGCAUUUUCAGAGGGGUCAUUCAGAGUGAAUCAGGAAAGGAACUGCAUUUGCUCGAAGUAACAGGAUGGAAGGUGUAAUAAGAUGACACAAGAAACACCAAUGUAACUAGCAGCAUUGCUGAUGCUAAUGUAUUGAGGUAUUUAUGUAUGUAUAUGUGUAAAGUCAAGUUGUCUAUUAUUGCA